AUGGCAAGGGGAGGCAAAAUUGGGUAUAAGCGCAAGACCCGGAACAAGGUUCAUUUAGAGAAGAAAGGUUCGGAUGAGUCUGAUGAAGAUUAUAGGGUGGAUGAAGGUGAAGACUUUGAUGGGUCAGAGGAUGAAUAUUGUUCUUCUCUGGCCGAGGAUGAUUUAGAGGAAAGCUUAGGGGAAUUCGAGGAGGAGGAAGAAUGGGUUGACAAGAAAGUUAAGAAGGUUGAAAGGCGUAGCGCACGUAAGGGUUCAGAAACGAGAAAGAAAAAUGAGGUCAAGAAUCCAAGAAGAAAGAAGGCAGUUUAUAGUGAAGAAGAAGAAGAUGAUGAUGAUGAUGAUGAUGAGGAUGAGGAUGAUGAGGAUGAGGAUUUUUAUUUGGAUGGUAAUGAUGAUGAAGAAGAAGAAGAAGAAGACAAGUUUGUUGAUUAUGAUUCCUCUUGUAUUAAGAAAAGAAACAAAAAUAAGGUUUCACGUAAAAAAGAGAGUGCGGACGAUAUUGAAUUCCUUAAUAGAGAAGAAAAAGAUAAAUUGACUGAUGGAAAACCAAGGAAGAAAUCACGGGUCUCGAAAAUAGAUGUCCACACCAAUUCUUACAUUGAGGAUCACGGAGAAAGAGAUUCAUAUCCAGAUGACAUGGAAGAUGACGAUUUUGAUGAUUCUGAUGAUGAAGAUGUCGACUACAAUGAUUCCGAUGACAAUGAUGAUGAGGAAUUCAGUCCAGGUGAGGUUGCCAAAAGAGCCAGAAGGAAGUCCAUCAAAAAACGAGUCCCUAGGAGAAGAAGGAGGAGAUCCAAACCCAUUAAGGCAUCAAGAGGUGAGAAGCCUGCUUCACGAAAAAGGAAACCCAUCAAGGGAUGGGUCUGCCGCAAAAGAAGCAAAUCAAAAAACAAAAAUUCUGAUUCCGAUUUCAUGAGCUCGGGUUCCUCGGAUUAUGAAUACACCAUCUCCGAAGAAGAGAGAGAACAGGUGAGAGAGGCUACUGAGUUCUGUAGGAGGUCAACCUCUGGUUCAAGGAGUUCAAGCUCUCAAAAGAUUAUUAAGGAAGAGGAUUCGUUGCCCUCUAAAAAGUUGGGCCCGCCUGGAAGAAAGGGCAAGCAGAAGGUAGUGGCAGACAUGAAUUUGGAGGCCGGAAAGCAGGUAUGCGGGAUUUGUCUGUCGGAAGAGGCGAAGAGAACAGUCAGGGGAAUUCUGAACUGCUGCAGUCAUUACUUUUGUUUCGCUUGCAUCAUGGAGUGGUCAAAGGUGGAGUCUCGCUGCCCUCUUUGCAAGCAGAGGUUUAUGACCAUCAGCAGAACUGCCCGAUCUGAUGGUUCCACGGAUGCUGUAUUUCCAGUUCCCGAGCGUGAUCAGGUUUAUCAGCCGUCCGAAGAGGAGCUAAGGGGCUACCUCGACCCAUAUGAACACGUCCUCUGCACCGAGUGCCACCUGGGUGGGGACGAUGCCCUCAUGCUCCUCUGUGACCUCUGUGACUCCCCUGCACACACAUACUGUGUAGGUCUCGGCCACAAUGUCCCUGACGGCAACUGGUACUGUGACGGCUGCCGCCCCACUGCCCUCGCUUCCUCAAAUGCCCAUGGCCUCAAUCACACCAGUUCACCGUCUGCAGCUGCUGUUCGUGAGACAUUUGACCUGAAUGAGGCUUAUGUGCCAGACACGCCACUAAGUCCUCCCGCUCAGUCGCCCAGACGUCCAAUCCAUCCUGUCUGGAGCACUCAAGCGGCUCCUUCGGCCUCGGGACUUACUGCAGCUACUCUGUCUUCAAGGCGGAGGAUACAGAGGCAGAUACAUCAGCUUCUCAACAAUCGGAGUCGGAAUUCGAACAGUAAUGAAGGGGGAAUCAAUCUUUUCAGGUCAUCCAUUGGUCAGAAUGUGUAUUCUCAGGGAAGAGGGAAUGCUAAUGCACAGUUAUUAUAUGGUAGAGGGGAUUGGCGUCAGGGUCAAGCUUCUUCGUCAUCUGUUCGGUCUUCUGUUGGGCUAACGCAAACUGGGUUUCCUGCAGUCAAUGGGAGAGGGGUUGGGGGUUUGAGCCAUCAGCACUUACAUCAUUGAACGGGAUGCAAACAAAUGGGCGGAUGGUAGUAUGAAACCUCGUCAGCUUAGAGAGGACAGGCAGUAGUACCUUUGAGAACAUGUUGAGGACCUUUACACAAACCAUUCUAGCUGCAGAUGAACAUUGAGCAGGAUUUGUCUGCAUGCCUGCUGUACAGACAUGAUUAUUUACCAAGUGACCACUGCCAUGAUUAGCCCAUUGGACAAAUGUGUCCCGGCUUUGAAGGAGAAAAUGCAAGCCUGUCUUGACCUUUACGGUAUUAGGUGGGCUUUGGCAUUGAGUGUGUUGCUCGGGCUUUUAGUAUUCUUUCAGUCGAAUGUCUUUCUGUUCAGGGCUUCGUCAUUUAGGAUUUAUUUGAUUUUUAAUCGUCUGAUAUCAUCUACACAGAAAUAGACUAGCUUUGGUUACUGACAAAUGACAUAUAUUGUUGGUACAUAUUCCAGGAAACUGGCCAUUGAUUUAGUACACUUCCUUUUUCUAUUUAUUGGGUUGUGAAUUUUUCAGCAGCUUUGCUAUCUGCAGACCUUGUAAAUCUUUAUUCAUUUGUAGUAGUGCUCGUCAUUCUUCA